UUUGUCUUCUUUAUCUCUUUCGCGGCCACACUGGUGGUUUAUAUUGUGCGCGAAUUUUCUUUCUCUUGGCUGUAAAUUGGCAAAAAUCGGAGCGGCGCCUAAGUUAAAUAUCUUCUAAAUAUUUCGGGUUUCCCCGAUCAACAAACAAGGUUCAAGGAACCGGCAGACAUCGUUUUAGAGGAGAUUUAGGACCACCGACAGAGCCGCAAAAUGCAGUCUCAUAGCAAAAAACGCGUUUGUUACUACUACGACAGUGACAUUGGCAACUACUACUAUGGCCAGGGUCAUCCCAUGAAGCCCCACCGCAUACGCAUGACCCACAAUCUGCUGCUCAACUAUGGGCUCUAUAGGAAAAUGGAGAUUUACCGCCCCCAUAAAGCCACUGCCGAUGAGAUGACCAAGUUCCACUCGGACGAGUACGUCCGGUUCCUGCGCUCCAUUCGGCCUGACAACAUGUCGGAGUACAACAAGCAGAUGCAGCGCUUCAAUGUGGGCGAAGAUUGCCCCGUUUUCGAUGGACUCUACGAGUUCUGCCAACUCUCAGCCGGAGGAUCCGUGGCGGCAGCCGUUAAGCUUAACAAACAAGCCUCGGAGAUCUGCAUCAAUUGGGGCGGUGGUCUGCAUCAUGCCAAGAAAUCGGAGGCCUCCGGCUUCUGCUAUGUGAACGAUAUUGUCCUCGGAAUUCUGGAACUGUUGAAGUACCACCAGCGUGUUCUCUACAUAGAUAUAGAUGUCCAUCAUGGCGAUGGCGUAGAGGAGGCGUUUUAUACCACCGAUCGUGUGAUGACCGUGAGCUUCCACAAGUACGGCGAGUAUUUCCCCGGAACCGGCGAUCUGCGGGAUAUUGGCGCCGGCAAGGGAAAGUAUUAUGCGGUGAAUAUACCCCUGCGUGAUGGCAUGGAUGAUGAUGCGUAUGAGAGCAUUUUUGUGCCCAUUAUCAGCAAGGUGAUGGAAACAUUCCAACCGGCAGCGGUGGUGCUGCAGUGUGGCGCCGAUUCCCUGACUGGCGAUCGGUUAGGUUGCUUCAAUCUCACGGUCAAGGGUCAUGGCAAAUGCGUGGAGUUCGUAAAGAAGUACAACCUGCCAUUCCUGAUGGUCGGCGGUGGUGGUUAUACCAUUCGUAACGUCUCCCGCUGCUGGACUUAUGAGACCUCCGUCGCUCUUGCCGUGGAAAUCGCCAACGAACUGCCCUACAACGAUUACUUCGAGUACUUUGGACCCGAUUUUAAGCUGCACAUUAGUCCCAGUAAUAUGACAAAUCAGAAUACGUCCGAGUACCUGGAAAAGAUCAAGAAUCGCCUGUUCGAGAACCUGCGUAUGCUGCCCCAUGCACCAGGCGUUCAAAUCCAGACGAUUCCCGAGGACGCCAUCAAUGAUGAGUCCGACGACGAGGACAAGGUCGACAAGGACGAUCGACUGCCACAGAGCGACAAGGACAAGCGCAUUGUUCCCGAGAACGAGUACUCCGAUUCGGAGGAUGAGGGUGAAGGCGGUCGACGGGAUAACCGCACAUACAAGGGCCAGCGGAAACGACCGCGUCUGGACAAGGAUACGAACAGCAACAAGGCCUCAUCGGAGACGUCUAGCGAAAUCAAGGACGAAAAGGAUAAAGGUGAUGGAGCUGAUGGCGAGGAAUCGACGGCGUCCAAUACGAACAGCACCAGCAACAACAACAGUAACAACAAGAGCGAUAAUGAUACUGGAGCGACGGCUAAUGCUGGAUCCGGGUCGGGAUCGGGUUCCGGCACCGGAGCCAAGGGCGCCAAGGAGAACAACAUAUGACGUGGCGGCCGCAAUUGGUUAUAGAAGCCAAUUAAGCGACCGCCGAAGUACAAACCGCCGGAUUUCACCUAGCGUCGUCUCAUCCCGCCCUCAAGCCACGCCCCUGAGCCACGCCCACGGCUCCCUCUAUCCGCCCCUCUAUAAGUUCCCCUGCGAUCAGCUCGCUUUUUUAUGUGUAAGCUGAAAUCCAUCGCUUUCCAUGGGGAAAUUCAGUUAUCAAUGGGCGGGACUUAAACUUAUCGUAAGAUAAAAUACAAUUUAUUGUAAGGCAAUUUGUGCAGAUCGAAAGUGUAUAAGCUAAGCAAACGUAAGAAAAGCCAACGUCUAAGCGAUACAAUGUGGCGAAUCACGCAGAAACUAAUCUAAUCCAAUAAAUAUUUAUAAAUACGAAA